UUUGAUUCUCUUUGAGCUAGGGUUUUCCAUUCUGUUCAAUUUGUUACUCUCGAUUCAAUUCAAUUGUCGAAUUUUUCUAAAUUGCCCCAAAAAUUUACACGAAGAUGCGGUUUAUGACGACAGUUUUUUACUGCCACGGUAAAAAAAAAUAAUUAAAUGAAUAAAUUGGAAAGAUGAACUGAAAGAGGUUUGCAAUUUCUGUACUUCUCUUCGGAGUCAAUUUUUUACUGCUUGGAAGGAUCAGGUUAACCUUUGCAUUAUUGAAUUAUGGACAUUUUGGCCUUUACUGGAAUUGGAGAAAGCUCCAUUUUUGUUUGCACAAAUGGGUGACCAUCGCUUCGUUUUCUCUUUUCGGCUGGUUUUCGCCAUCUCCAUUUUUUUCUUCUUCUUUUUCACUUCUCGAAGCGUUUUGGGACAAAAUUCUCGUUAAUUUUCUGUUCGUGGAGUUCAGUGGCUCUCCUCUUUCCUUCGCUGCUGUCACAUCCGCCGCUCUCCACACCCAAGUGUUCUUUUUCUCUGGGAUCUCCCUCCCCCAAUCGUUCUUCCGGUGAAUCUGUUCAGAUCCAAUCCCAAAGAGCUUUUGCAGAGUUUAUGAUUCUUGGGCAGGGAGAGAUCUGUGAGUGGCUGCUUGAUGGUAGCUGAAAUCUGGACUUGGGAAGAGGAGAAGGCGUUUGAGAACGCCUUGGCCAUCCACCAUGAAACUUGCAGCGAUUGGUGGGAGAAGAUUGUGUCCGCUGUGCCAGGAAAAACCUCGGAGGAGAUCAAAACCCACUAUGAGAUUCUAGUUGAAGACGUUCAGAGUAUAGACUCCGGGUUGGUUCCUCUGCCUACUUAUGCAACCCCUUCUUCUUCUUCUGCAGCUGAAGGUUCGGGUGAUGGUGGAGGAAAUGUGAAGAAAGGUGGAGAUUUUCAUGGAGAUUCCAGUCAUGGAGGGAAAGGCUCGAGAUUGGAUCAUGAGAGGCGUAAGGGGAUUGCUUGGACUGAGGAGGAACACAGGCUAUUCCUUUUAGGACUAGACAAAUACGGCAAAGGUGACUGGAGAAGCAUUUCAAGAAACUUCGUCAUCUCCAGAACACCAACACAGGUGGCAAGCCAUGCUCAGAAGUAUUUCAUACGCCUAAACUCCAUGAACAAAGAUAGAAGACGCUCAAGCAUUCAUGACAUCACCAACGUCAGCAAUGGCGAUCUAUCAGCAUCUCAGGGACCAAUCACGGGCCAAGUUAAUAAUAUCUCAUCACCGAUCUCGAGUAAGGCCAUCAAACAACCUUCUCACACCGCAGCCUCUGCUCCUGGAAUUGCAGUGUAUGGAUCUGCUGUGGGCCGGCCGCUCGGCGGACCUCUCAUGCCUGCCAUCGGAACUCCGGUCGCCGGACCGCCUUCCAUGGUUUAUGGAAUCCAACCGCCACCCGUUCCUGGACUUGUCGUCGCCGCCGGCGCUCCGGUUCACCUCGCUCCAACAAUGGCCUACCCAAUGCGGAAUUCUUCAGCAUCUCACAGGUGAGUGAAUAAUGGAUUUGUUUACUACAAUUGUGCGUAAAUAAUGCGAGGAAUAAUGUUGAAUAUGUUAAAAAGUAUGUUGAGGCUGGAAGUAGUGUAGAACAACAUUAACAAAUGCUCAUAUUUGAGUUUGGUAUUA